AUGAACCCCUCGGCGGCCUUCCCGCUCGGGCGCCAGAACAUCGGGUCAGAAGUUGAGAUUUCCACGAUAGAGAAACAACGGAAAGAGCUGCAGCUGCUCAUCAGAGAGUUAAAAGAUCGCGACAAAGAGCUCAAUGACAUGGUCGCAGUACAUCAGAAACAGCUUCUGUCGUGGGAGGAGGACCGGCAGAAGGUGCUGACUCUGGAGGAGCGCUGCAGCCGCUUAGAAGGUGAACUACACAAAAGAACCGAAUAAUCAGGUCCCUCACCAAGAAGGUUCAAAACCUUGGAAUCCAAUCAGGUGGAAGCCAGGCGGCUCUUCAGAAAAACUCAGCUCCAGCUGCAGGAGAUGGCGCAGAAAGCAACCCACUCUGCCCUCCUCUCUGAAGACCUGGAGGCCAGAAAUGAAAACCUCAGCAACACACUAGUGGAACUCUCCGCUCAAGUUGGCCAGUUGCAGGCUCGAGAGCGCCUCACCACGAUGAUCAAGCUGAAGGAGGCGGUGAAUCACAUCGCAGACUGCUCCGGGAAGUUUAAGCUGCUGGAACACGCCCUCCGAGCGAAGAUGAUGGAGUGGAGACCGUGCAUUGCCAAGGAGAAGCAGGACUACAAGCAGAAGCUGAAGUUUCUCAAGGUGGAAGUCAGCAAGCUGAAAGAUGAUCUGAGUGAAAAAACGACAGAGAAUAACGAACAGCGAGAAGAGAUCAUCCGCCUCAAGCAGGAGAAAAGUUGGCUGCAGGAUGAGCUGGUUUUCUCUGCAGAGAGAGAGAGGAGGAAAGACGAGCUCCUCGACAUCGCCAAGUCGAAGCAAGAACCGGACGACUCUGAGCUGCACAACCUGAGGCAAGGUAUUUACGUGAAACAACAGAGUGAUCUUCAGUUUCUGAAUUUUAAUGUGGAAAAUUCUCAGGAAUUGAUACAGAUUUAUGAUUCAAAGAUGGAGGGAUCAAAGACCCUGGAAUCCAGUAGAGACAUGUGUUUGUCGGACCUUGAAGCUUUCCACCUAAAAGUCGAUCUUAAGUGAGCGGAGAGAAAUCAGAAGUCGGCUGGUUAAGGAUCAGAAAUUUGGGAGAGCAUGUUGGCCCAGCCACCUCGGCCCGACCUGAACCCUUGUGAAGUCUGCCGAGAGAAGAAGGGCAGCAACUGGCACGACGUCAGUGUCUACCUGGGUCUGGCCGACUGCUCAGCCAAGCACGCCGAGAAGCUGGGCAUCGAGGGCGGCGACGCUGGGGGCCAAGGUGGGGGCCACCUGCUGCAGGAAAACAGACGCCUCCCAGGGGAGAGGGACGCUUGUACUGCCCGGUGCUGGCACCCGAGGAACUUCGUGGUCGAAGCCCCCGGCCACAUGUCGGAUGUGGAGUGGUAUGAGCAUCUUCAGCCUCCGAACACGCAGAGAAUCGUCCGCCACAAGACGGGGUGUACUUGUUUCUGGAAGUGCCAUUGGAACAGAGCACACCCCUUCCCAAGUGACCUCGCUGCUCAGCAGUCCCAUUUUCUGGGCUCUUCAGAGUCUGCCUCAAGACUCUGUGACGAGAAGGUGAUGGAGACAGAAUCCUCUCCCGAGAAGAAUCACUCACCAAGGCUUCUGUCAGCCAGCCAGGACACGGCGAUCCCCAGUGGAAAGGAUGACUUUUCUCCCACAAGUAAGCUCCAUUGCCUGCUGGCGAAGUCUCGGCAGAUGGUCUCAGACCUGGAACUUAGCACCCUGCUCCCCAUCAGCUCCGAGCACCUCGACAGCAGUGCCCAGAACAAGAGCACUGCAGAGAAGUGCCCCGGAGUGAGCUCCUUGUCCUUAGCCCCAGAACCUCAAGCCAAGGAGCCUUUUCCAGAUGCCAUCGAAGUGGCACCAUCAGCCUGA